AUUAUGACACUGUGCCGAAGCGCAGUAUCUGGGAGGUGUUGAGUGGGUGGUUUCUCCCGGGCUGCUGGUUUAUUGGGGUAAUUUCGGGUAUUUUUAGCUGUAUUUUCUGUCAAUUUCACACAGAUUAUUAUUAAUAUUGUAGUUUUAGAGCCGCUGGAUCAGAGAAAAGCCGCUGGAAGUUUCUCCUCAGAUUAAACGGCCGAGAGCAGUAUGGCGGAUCCGUGCCGUGUGAAGGAGGAACCUGCAGUUGGGGUGGAGAUCUCAGAUCCUUCACAGCCGGUAAAACAGGAGGAUGGAGAAACUUCGUCCACUCAUACACAACAGAGCGGCGUAAAGGAGGGGGACAAAACGGUUUUGAGUAAGGACGCUGCAGGUGUAGAGGAAGAGGAGGAGCCUCACUCCAGUGGUCAGUAUCCCUCACCAGCGAAGAAGCUGAAGGUGGAGCCGGAGAAGAAGAAGGAGAAGAAGCACAAAGUGGAUGAAGACGAGAUUCAGAAGAUGCAGGUUCUGGUCUCCUCGUUUUCGGAGGAGCAGCUGAACCGGUAUGAGAUGUACCGCCGCGCUGCAUUUCCUAAAGCCGCCAUCAAACGGCUGAUCCAGUCCAUCACCGGCUCGUCCGUCUCUCAGAACGUCGUCAUCGCCAUGUCCGGCAUCUCCAAGGUGUUCGUCGGAGAGAUUGUAGAAGAAGCGUUGGAUGUGUGUGAGAAGUGGGGGGACACGCCCCCUCUGCAGCCCAAACACAUGAGGGAGGCGGUGCGGAGGCUGAAGAGCCGGGAUCAGAUCCCAAACACCAAACACAAGCGCAUCCUCUUCCACUGACCUUCAUCACCAUCAUCACCUGCAGAGCUCCACCCACCAACAUUACUGGAACAGAGACAUCCACCUGAAACCCUCACUCACUGCUGUCCUCCGACACACAUGAAGUCAGACUCCGCCUCUUUUCAAACCUUUUUGCCGAGUAGCAUCACAGCGCUAACGCUCGGAGGAAAGCACAGCGACCCGGUUCUGAUACAUCAGCUCACAGACGCAGCCUUGUGCUGAUCCACAUCACCCUAGGAGUGAUGAGGGGAAAGAGAGAGAGCGCCAUCUACUGUACUGUACCCACCCAGAGAGAAACAACAAGAACAAAUGUGCUCUCUCAGGGCUCCGGCAGCUGAUGGCCGGAAGCUGCAUGACCAGGAUUCAAAUCAGCGAUCUUCUAAUCAUAGUUGCAGCAGCGCUUUAGGCCUCUGGGUCAAUGAACUUCAUCCUAUCACAAUAAUCACCACCACCACUAUGAAAAAAGACAUGAAAGGCAUCAAAGGAGGCGGAGACUAAUCACGAAUUAUUAGUUUGUGGCCACAAGUUUAAAGGAGGUGAAAGUUCCAGAACUAUCGCUUUAAUACGAACUGGUGGAUCGACCAAUAGGAGCACAGAUGAAGAGAGAGGGAGAGCUCUGCUGAGUGUUUAUAUAUAAUCUGAGGGAGGAACUGGAAUGUGAGGAAUGAUAGGCCACGCCUCUGUUUGUUUACUGGGAGAUCAAAGGGGCGGAUCAUCCUCCCGUUCAGCCCGUCUCUCUCUCUGUCUGUCUGUCUGUCUGUCUGCAUGCGGUUUAGUUUUGGUGAUUCAGCUGUAAAUAUAUGUUUUUAUGCUUUUGUUUAUUCUUUGUUUGUGGGUUUUAUUGUUCAGAUAUACAAAAAAUAAAAAGCUCAGAUGUUUGUCAUCUCUA